AUGUCCGACAACUCCCCGCCUCAACCGCCUCCGCCAUCAUCGAGCUCCAACACCACUUCCAACAACACCAACGACCCGUCCACAAAUCAGACCACUUCUUGCUCUCUCAACGCAAACAACACCCAUAAUGAGGGCAUGACAUCCCGCCUCCAAAGCUCCGCCACAACCCUCGCCCAAAACCUCUUCACGUCUUCCCCAGCCGACAUAGCCAGAAACCUCCAACCGGGUGGUAGCAGCAGCACCAAAGCCGCUCCGCCGUCAGCAGCAGCGUCAGCAGCGCAGGCGUUCCAUGGGGAAAGGGCUGCACCGGGGAGUUCGUCUGCGAGUGGGGUAGAGGGGAGUCGGGGUGUUGGGGGGAGUUUUAGGAGCACGACAGAAACAGUGGCGGAGCAGGAUGGGUUGAUGGAGGAGGGGUUUGGAUUUCAGAAUGGAAAUGCGUAUCAGGAUGGGGUGUUAGAAUCGAGUGUGCCUUUCUACGAACAAGAUGCGGAUAUAAAAGGGAAGGGAAAGAGCAAAGCACCAGACCAAGACCACCAACCCUUUGAAAACACCUGGAACUCCAUUACAACAACAACAACCACCACUCAACCAUCCCAAGCCGCACACGCGCACGCACACGCCAACCCCCAAGACGGCUCCGAAGUCCUCACCCUCCUAACAUCCCCCUCCUUCAACCCUGACUUCCCCGACCCCACCACCACAACAACCACAUCCAACCCAGACUCAACCCUCAUCCCUAACGACCUCUCCGACCCAACCCCCUUCCCCCUCUCCGCCCAAGAAAUCCAAAUCCUCGAGUCCUUCCGCCGAACCCUCAGUCCAGACCCUACUCACGGACAAAACCAGCAGCGCAUAAACACCGCAAGUCUAAUCCCCGAAAUCGACAACUUCCUGUCCACCGUGCCACUGCAGACGCAAAAUGAUGCUACUGCGCUGCGCGAUGCGGUGUUGACAGGGUUGCCGGGGGCGGAGGAGUGGGUUAGUGUUGAGGAGAGGUAUCAGGAUGAGGUGUGGGGGUUUUUGAAGCCGGUGUUGGAGAAUGCGAGGAGGGAGAUGGAGGAGAGGGGUGAACAGGAGGGUAGGAAAGGGGAGGGGGAGGAUGGGCCGGCUGUGGCAAGGUUAAAGAUGAUUUUGAGGCAUAUGAGGGCGUAA